GAGUGUUCCUUUUGAUCAAUUUCAGGUCACUAAGUAGAUCUAAUAGAGAUGAGAUUGACAGAAACAAUCUUGGCCUCACAUCAAUGAAUACAGACCAUUCCGGAGUAGGAGGAGAAAAGGUGUUGCCUCAUGGACAAAAAAACUGGACCCAGAAUGAAUAUAAAGACAGAGGAUCUGGGGAGUGGAGGCGCCAUCAGGGAAAGACUCACUAUAGUGCCUGUUGCUGAAUCAGUGUCAUCUCUCCCAAGAUGAAACUGCUGCUGAUGUGUCUGGGGCUGACUCUGGUCUGUGCCCAUCAUGAAGGAAACCAUGAUGUUGUGACAAGCAACUUCGAUAUGUCAAAGAUUUCAGGGGAGUGGUAUUCCAUUCUCUUGGCCUCAGAUGUGAAGGAAAUGAUAGAAGAAAAUGGUAGCAUGAGAGUUUUUGUGGAAUCCAUUCAAGUCUUGGACAACUCUUCCUUGUCAUUUAAAUUUCAUAAGAAAGUCAAUGGAGAGUGUACUGAAAUUUCUUUCAUUUGUGACAAAACAGAAGAGAAGGGUGUAUAUAGUGUUGAAUAUGAUGGAUACAAUACAUUUCACAUAAUUGAAGCCGUCUAUAGUGACUAUAUUAUUUUUUAUGUCAGUAAUGUCAACAAUGAAGAAGAAACCCAAGUGAUGGAGCUCUAUGCCCGAAAACCAGAUGUGAGCCCAAAACUCAAGAAAAGGUUUAGAAAACUUUGCCAAAAAAAUGGAAUUGCUGAGGAAAACAUACUGGACUUGACCAAAGUCGAUCGCUGUCUCCAGGCCCGAGGGAGCCAUGAUGCCCAGGCCUCCAGGUUGGUGAUGUCUGAUGGAGAGGGGGUGGCCCAGGGACCACUGCCUUCCAACACCAUUAGGGAACUCUACCAUGAAUAA